AUGGGGCAAGCCACGCCAGCUGCAGGACGCAACGGUAUUGUUGCAUACAAACAAGCGCUGUGCAAUCUAGCUCAGGCUCCUCGAUGGAGGGGACUCAUCGUCGGCACUGUUUCGUUCUUGCUUGUCUUGUGGAUAUGGCAGGCCAACUCGGACCCGAAUGCGCCUGGAUCGAAGCUCUACAACAAAAUCUCAGGCCGACCAAAUCAUCAGGCUUUCAUGUGGAAGCCGCCAUCUGUGCUUGAGCCAUCCGAGUUUACGAUAGAUCUGGAAGAAGGAAAGAGUUCUACUGCACCCAGCGGGCUCAAGAAAGAGAACCCUCAGUUCCAUCUUCUGAUUCAUGCGCCAAAGAUCACGAGUAACGUUUGCCGGAGUCUGCUGUCGUCGUUUCUUCUCGACUAUCCGACUCCGACUUUGAUAGGUUACAGGCCUGUUCCACCUAACGAGACCGUAGAAGGAGACUUCUGGCUGGACUAUGGCCUUCCAGACACUACCCAAUACUUGACAAAACAGAAUCGCAUCUCGGAUGACGAUUUUAUUGCCAUCGUUGAUGGAGAGAGCACCAUUUUCCAGCUUCCUUCGGAGGCUCUCUUGACCGAAUACAGUGCACAGACGAAACAUGCCAAUGCUGAGCUGGAAAGCAAGUAUCGUGACAUACCAGUCAAGACAGCAAACAAGCAGAAGCUGCAACGCUUCAACCAAUCAGUUUUCUUCGCAGCAGAGUAUGAAGUCAAGCAACAACCACACAAUGGCUUCCUAAGCAGAUUCAAGCUUCCCGAGCAAAAGCUAUCGACACACUUGAACGACAAUCUUGCAGUUGGAUCUGGAUCGGGACUCCGUCAUCUCUUCGAAACAGCAUUAGAGCAGAAUACCCGCAUCGAGCGCACAGAUCGCGAUACCUUCAAUACCAUGUUUGCACAACAGGGCCUUCUUCGCGCAUCUCAGGCCAAGGAGCAGCGCGAGCUCAAAACAUGGCUAUCCCGCAACGUGUUACCAUCCAACAAGAAACUCAAGAAGAAGUUGGCCGAGGACUACGCAGCAGCCAAACAAGACCUCGGCAUGGGGCUUGACUACAAGGCUACCAUCUUUCAAACCAUUCCAGCCACAGCUCAACAUGUCGCCGACAGUGUCAUUUUGCUGUCCGAAUACCCUAGCUUCCCAACUCCAGGAGCCUUCAAGAAGCUACGAGACCCAUUCACCCUUCACACCUCGACACCCCACCUCAACUCCACCAGCGCAAUUCUCAUCCAGCAUCAAGAAAAACUGCCCUACACUUCCCGUUGGACAGACAUCCCCCUCUUCACCAACCCUAUCUCGCAACAAGUGCCCUCGCUGAUAUCUAUCCUACCCCCAAAAGCCAACGCCAACGCAAACGCAGCGUCGGGUCUGCUCACAGCCCCAGACACCAAUAUGCGUGAACUCUGGGAGUCCAUGUGGUUCUUCCCGUACGCACGACCACUACUCAAACAAUACCUCUCUAAGUCGACCAGCAAGGAGAUUGCCUCUGAAGCAGCGGUUGGUGGAGAGCGUUGGUAUGAUGCCCGUGGCGGACGUGGCGGUGUCUGGACAGUCGACAAUGAAUGGCUAGACGCUGCAGACUUGUGCGCGCCAUUUGGUAAAGAGAUCUUUGAAGAUGGACUGAGAGGAUGGGCUGAUGCUGUACCUGAUGGUGUUGAGCUUUCAAAAGUUGAGAAGACUCCUGAUGGCAAGGGUAUCGUUAUUGGAGAGCAAGUGAGGAAUGGGCAGAUUCACAAGAUUGUUGCUGUUCAAGCUGAGCAUUAA